CGCCCCACAGCCCACUUCCGGAUCCCCAAGGCUGCCCGAAGGAGAGGCGGUAGUGGCGGUGGCAGCUGCCGUCUGAGGCCCCGGCACCAUGCCAGGCGCGCGCGAUGCCAUCCUAGAGGUGCUGGAAAACCUGACCUGCGAGGAGUUUAAGAAGUUCAAGCUGAAGCUGCUCACAGUGCAACUUCGCGGCGGCUACGAGCGCAUCCCGCGAGGGACACUGUCUCUCAUGGACGCCAUAGAUCUCAGUGACAAGCUCGUGAGCUACUAUCUGGAGGAGUAUGGCACCGAGCUCACUGCCACCGUGCUCUGCAACAUGGGGAUGCAGGAGCUGGCCGAGCGGCUGCAAGAAUAUAGACGCGAAGGCCCUGGAGCUCCCCCAGCUGCAAUCAGGGACCCUCCUCGGAAAGCUGCCCAGCCAGCACAACACUUUGUGGACCAGCACCGGCAAGCACUCAUCUAUCGGGUCUCAGAAGUCAAUGGGCUGCUGGAUGCCCUGUAUGGCACUGUCUUGAGCGAUGAGCAGUACCAGCAAGUACGGGCUGAGUCUACCAGUCAGCAAAAGAUGAGGAAGCUCUACAGCUUUACUGUAUCCUGGGACCUGAGAUGCAAGGACCUGCUUCUCAAGGCUCUGAGGGACACCCAUCCCUACCUGGUGGCUGACCUGGAACCUUGUUGAGAUGUCUUCCCCAGAAGGGUGUUUCCACAUUCAACACCUUGAGCCAAUUAACUCAUCUUCGAUUUCUGAUUUUUAAAAAUAUACAAUACAUGGAAAA